AUGCGAAAGUUGGAAUGGGACGACAUGGGAGUGAAGGUUGAUGGUCGGCAGCUCCACCAUUUGCGGUUUGCUGAUGACAUCGGACUGAUAACACAUCAGCGAAGCGGAACGAAUGCUGACCGAAUUCGACGAAACAUGUGGGUGCCUCGGUCUUCAGCUGAAUCUGCAAAAGACGAUGUUCAUGCGCAACGGAUGGGUCUCGGAUGCCCCAUUCACGCUCAACAGAAGGAACAUAUCGGAAUGCAUCAGCUACGAUACAAUGACAUUUUAGACCAUGUUGGUGUUGAGAUGAAAAAAGGAACGAGCGACUAG